AUGCCGCCUAAAAAAGGGUUAUCACAAGAAGAAAAGUUAAAAUUAUUGUUAGAUUGGUUUCAAUCCUCACAUUCAUUUUACACAUUAAAAGAAAUAGAAUCAAAGGGAGCCAAAAUUUGUAAAAUACCUUCCAUGCAAGUAAAAGAUUUAAUUGCAAACUUAGUAGAUGAAGGUUUAGUAGAACUGGAAAAAUGUGGAAUUGUGAACUUAUAUUGGAGUUUCAAAUAUCUGAAACAGAAACAAUUAGAAAAUAGGGCAGGCACCUUAAAAUCAGAAAUUGAAUUAAAGAAAAUAGAGAUUGAAAAUUUGAAAAAAGAAAUUAUUGAAGCUGAGAAGUUAAGAAGUGUUGAAGAUAUGCCUAAUAGAUCUGAAGAAUUAGCUAGAUUGGAGGAUUUUAAUAAAUUGAUUGUUGAAUUGACUUCACAAGUUGCUUCUAAAAAGGUUUUUGAUAAUUUGAAACAUGAUAUUAAAGCAAUUGAGUUUUAUCAUGAUCUGAUUGAAAUGAUUGUUGAUCAUUAUAGUAGAAAAUGUAAUUUACCAGUUAAGAUGUUGAAACAAGAGUUGAAUAUUCCUUUGGAAUUAGAUGAUCCACCCCCAAUUCCAGAAAAUUAG